AUGGAACAGCAAUACUCAAUUCAAUCUCCCUCGGAUGAGUCGGUUCAACCGCACAUCAUCCAAUUCAUUCAAUCCUUCUUUAGUGUAUCCGACACUCCCGGCGAGACCGCAAAGUAUGUCGACAUGUUUACGCCCGAAGCGACAUUCGUAGUCGCUUCGAAGAAAGCAUCAGGUCACGCAGAAAUUACAACUCUCAGAGAGGGAAUGUGGGAUGCUGUCUCAUCUCGCAAGCACACCCUCGAUAAGGUGUUCUCUUUCGGCGCGGGCUCAGACAAGGUCAUGCUGAAUGGAACAGUGGCUUUGGAGCUGAAGAAUGGCGCUUCGGCAGAGAUUGAGUGGGCGGGGAGGAUGGAGCUUGAAAAGGCUAACGACGGAAAGUAUCGGCUCAAGUUUUAUCAGGUUUAUCUGGAUACUGGUGCUGCGGCAGCUUACAAAAAGUAG